AUGAACCAAACUCAGAAAACGAUAGCGGCAGAUAAAAAUAAUAAAGACGCCAAAGACAUUAAAGCACCCUUGGAUAAAGACAAAUCAAAAUAUCGAUAUUCUUCUGAAAUUCAACAAAUGAUGUUUGUUUUUGGUGAAGUUCCCGAACCACUACAAGAAACAAUUAUGCUUGUGGAAGAUAUUGUUAGAUCACAAGUUGUUGAAAUUAUUAUACAAGCUGCAGCACAAGCUGCAAAGCGCGGAUCGCGUUAUAUGAGUGCAGAAGAUUUAAUAUUUUUGAUUCGACAUGACCGAGCAAAAGUGAAUCGUUUAAGGACAUAUUUGAGUUGGAAGGAUGUUCGGAAAAAUGCUAAAGACACUGGUGGCAAUGAUGGUGCUGAAGAAAUUAUGGAAGAACCUAAUGCGGCAAAGGCACGUAAAAUGAAAGUAAAAUUAUCUUGGGAAUUGGUGAAUUCUUUUUCGGAAUUCUUAAAUGCGGAUUCGGAUGAAGACGAUGAAGAAGAGUUAGAAGCUUAUAAUGAUUCAAUUCAACGGUUAAAGGAUGCAGACGAAAUUACGAGAGCCAUGACAAGGGACGAAUAUGUUCAUUAUUCAGAAUGUCGUCAAGCAUCAUUUACAUAUAGAAAAGCUAAGAGAUUUCGAGAGUGGGCAAAUAUGUCAGCUUAUAUUGAUAUGAAACCAAAUGAUGAUAUUAUAGAUAUUUUGGGAUUUUUGACAUUCGAGAUGGUUAGCACACUCACAGAAACAGCACUUCGAGUUAAACAAGAUCUUGACAGAGAACAAACUAUUCACAAGGGUAUAAAACGGCCACGGCUAAAUAACAGGAAUUUUAAUGAAAAUUCAUAUUUGUUUUCUCCUCCUCCUCCUGAACAAACAGCAUUACAACCUUCUCAUAUUCACGAAGCAUUUAGAAGGUUACAAAUGGUUCCUCAACCUAUAAAAAAUUUCAGGGGCGGUUUGGCUAGAACUAAGGUUUCAUUAAUAUAG